ACGUACCGGCCUUCACAUAUUACCAGGUAUGGACUACCCGUCAUCGCCCUACGACAACUCACAUUUUAGCAUCUUGCCAGCUCCUCUUGUAAAACACGACAGAUACUGCGUCUGCGGACUCACACACACAUAUAUUAACCAGCUGUACUGGGAUGAGCCAUGGCGAUUGCGGCCAUCGGACAACUCUGCUCCACGAGCUCUCUCAAGGGCAACCUUGAUCAAUGUGUCAAGCUUGCCACCAAAGCCGCCCAAGGAGGUGCCAAAAUCCUCUUCCUCCCCGAGGCGUCUGACUACAUCGCCUCCAACGCGCAGGAGUCCCUCGCCCUGGCCGUACCGCAGACCACGUCACCUUUCGUCGCCGGUCUGCGCGACGCAGCCAAGCAGCACGGCCUCGCCAUUCACGUCGGGAUCCACGCCCCGUCCCCUUCUAUCCAGGACAAGCUCGUCAACCGCGCGCUGUACAUCCGGGAGGAUGGCAGCAUCAACGACGCAGCGACCUAUGACAAGCUCCACGUGUUCGACUACGGGUCGCUCCGAGAGAGUGCCACCGUGCAGCCCGGGACGGCGCUCACGCGGCCCUUUGCUUCCCCCGUCGGCAGGAUAGGCAGCCUCAUCUGCUUCGACCUUCGCUUCCCCGAGGCCAGCACGGCACUCACGCAGCCGGGGCCCUCGAGUCCGUGGCGGAAUGCCCCCGCGCAGGUCCUCACCUUUCCGAGCGCGUUCACCCUGCGGACGGGCGAGGCGCACUGGGAGGCGCUGCUGCGCGCGAGGGCGAUCGAGACGCAGAGCUGGGUGGUCGCCUCGGCGCAGGUGGGACAGCACAAUGACAAGAGGGCGAGCUACGGCAAGAGCAUCGUCGUUGAUCCGUGGGGCAAGGUCAUGGUGCGACUGGGCGGCGUCAAGGAUGCUGAGGGUGGUAAUGGCGAGGCAGAGGACGGAGCGGUUGGGGCCAUUGGGUUUAUGGACAUUGGCAUUGACGAGGUUGAGCGCGUGAGGAGGGAGAUGCCCUUGCAAAGGAGACAGGAUGUUUACCCAGAGCUAUGACGAGGGGAAUUUCGCCAAACUACGAGCUCUUCGAUAUUGGUACUAUUGCAAACUCGCAGAUACAAGGACACACCAGGUUGGUCUGUCAACAACACUUGAUCACAUGA